AUGGAUGCAGGCUACAAUUGGCCAAUGUAUUCAAUGCAUCGAGGUCAUUUUCAGCAACUUUUACUUCGUCAUGUACGCGACGAGGUGGGCGAGAUGUCUGUGCGGCUUGGUCAGAAAUUAGUUGCAGUUCAAUCGCAGCCAAACCACGUGGAAGUUGAUUUUGUCAACCCAACAACAGGUGAAUUAAAUACAGAAAUAGCCAAAGUGCUAGUGGCCGCUGACGGAAUUAAUUCAACAGUACGUAAGAUUCUCUAUCCCAACGAGGGCCCUCCUCUCUGGAGAGGUCUCACCGUAUGGCGUGGUGUGACACCAAUUCAGAAAGCCUUUCUCGAUGGACGAACAAUGAUCUGUAUAGGAAAUCCAGACAAAUGCGAAAUGUUCAUUUUUCCCAUAAGCAGCAAUCUCGUCAAUUGGGCUUGUAUUGUUCGAACUGGAGAUCCAGAAAUUCGAGUUUCACAAGUGACACCUGACUGGAAUAACCUCGGUCGUAUUGAAGAUCUCCGUCCUUUGUUGUUGAACAUGAAACUAGACUUUCUCGACAUUGAUCAUCUGAUUAGCUCAUCGAUAAUUGUUAAUGAAUUCCCGAUAACCGAUCGUGAUAUUCUUCCACGAUGGACACAUAAUCGCGUCACUUUACUUGGUGAUGCCGCUCAUCCAAUGUAUCCAAAUGGAGGCAACGGAGCCUCACAAGCCAUUGUCGAUGCUCGUGGCCUCACGCUUUCCUUUCGUGAACACGGUGUUACUCCUAAAGGGCUCCAAGCAUACGACGACCUUCGACGUUCGGCUUCACAUGCUUUUGUUCUGGCUGGUCGAGAGUAUGGUCCCGACAAGGUUCUAAAACUCGUUGAUGAGCGUGCACCAAAUAGUUUUCAACAUUUUUCUGAAGUUAUCUCACCGACAGAAGUCGAAGCCAUGUUUUCUAAUUACAAGCGACUGGCUGGCUGGAAUGCACAACAACUUAAUCAAGAGCCUCCUCUCUUUUAA